CUCUCGGUUGAGGUUCUUCAGCUCUUCUUCCCCCAUUCUGUCUAGCGCAGAUAUGGCCUCGCUUUGCAGGUCCGCUGUAAUGGCGGGCUCAAGGUCUUUAGCUGCGCGUUCUAAAACCUUAGCUCAGAAGUCCGUCUUCUCGUCCUCUCCUUUCACUUCUCCUUCCCCGGCACGAGCCUUCCGAAGCGCUUCAAGGGUUGUUUCAGCUAUCGGGAGCGUAGAUUCAUUGCUACCUUUUCAUAGUGCCACGGCGAAUGCUCGGCUUAUAUCCAGCAUUGCUGCUGAUUCCUCUUGCUGGAGCAUGCUUUCUGAAGGCCUUGCAACACCUUUAUGACAUCCGUGUUGAUCUGUGCUGGAUAAUGAAUGCCGAAAGGAGUUUGCGACGCCAUUAUGACCACCUUGAAACUGAACUCUUAGGAAGGACAAACACGUUCUUCCAAUUUUUGCUUCUUUUGUAAGUCGUGUUCACUGGCCUUGUCUUUUCCAUCUGUACUUGGCUGGGCUACUCCAUCUGGGCAGAGAGCUUCCAUUCAUUUUGAAUGAUCAACGAUUGUUCGUGUGGUUUAUGGAGUCUUGUAAUAAUGAUGUUUCCUUCUCAUUGACUGAUUGAACGAUGCUUCUACUAGGUAUGCAGUUCCUUAGUUCAAAGCCGUGGCCUCCUGUGAUACCUCUGAAGUGAAAUCUUAUGUCCAAUGAUGAGUUACUCUGUUAAGCUUAAUAUAUUUCAUCAAUCUUUUUGCCUGAUUGCCUUGGUGGUAAUAGGUUCUAAAUGCUAAACAAUCAGUUGGGUAAAUCUGCAGGUGCUGUGAUUCCUUGUAGUUUGGAAUCUUUGAAUAUGG